AUGUUAAUUACGAACUGCAGCAGUGUAGGGCGGUGGGAGACAACCACUGUUAUGAUGCUACGCAGGGAUUGUAUCGAUGUCACCCUCCCAAAUCAUAAUGCAGAGGUCGGUAUCUAUUCAUCGAUUGCCUGUGGUCUGCCUACGCGAGUAACAUUGGUCAUAGACAAUCAGAGACUGAUCCAUCCAUCACUGGGAAUAGGUAGCAGGGAGGCGAUUGUCUGCGGAUCACAAAUACUACCAUUGGUUCACAGAUUAUACAUUGAUGGGAUGGCCAUGAUACAGUGGAGCUGA